AUGAGGAAGAGGGACUGCUCUGGCAGCCCUGCUUUUUCCAUGGUACUGGAGGUCAAGAGUCUCAGUCCACCCCAGUACACGCAGGUGACUUCAAGGGGGGUGGCCUGCUCCUCGCAACCGGCAUCGAGGCCUUGGACGCGCCAAGAGAUGGGCCCUUCUACGGAUCUGCCGAGACGGAGCGAAGGGGGAGAGCUUGCGGUUUCCGCAGGCUGCACCGGCCCACUGGGCCCAGUACACGAGAGCUGUCCAGAAAGGUGGCUCUCCUCGUCCACCACCAGCUACUGGAGCUCUGCCACACGGUGCUUGUGGCGGAGAAGUGGCCCAGCCCCUCACAGAUGGUUUGAAGGCCCCAGGGCCUUGCACAAAGGAGCAGACGCUCUGCUGCGACCAAGCCCGCUUCCAGCUCUUCAUGGCGCGAGCUACUUCCGGCUCCACCUCCGCCUCCAGGGCAGGAGCUCACGCCUCACCCUGGUCCUCUUCACGGCUUCUGACGCCGCUUACAGCCUCUGA